CGAGCUUCUCUCCCGUGCUAGGAUUCGGCAGAUCCGAGCAAGCUCUCCUAUCCGACCCCAAGGAGCUUUAUAACCCUCAUCAUCACAUCGUAUUGCAGUCUUCUGUGGGGUUCCUGUCUGGCAGGGAUAGAGCUCUUUCAUCAAUCCCCUUUGUACGACACCGGAGACGAUCAGGAGCACCAUGGCAUCUGCCACCCCCCCUGACACGAUCGUGGAGGAGAAGGGUGUAUCGCAGCACAAAGAGAACUUUGUCACCGAAGCUGCCCACGAAGCGGCUGGGCGCGGUCAGGCGGCCACCGACCAAUACGGUCGUGCGCUUGUAGAGUUCGACCGCCGCGCUGAAAGUCGUCUGCGCCUGAAGAUCGAUCUUUGUAUCAUACCCACGGUCGCACUGUUGUAUUUAUUCUGUUUCAUUGACCGAGCGAACAUCGGUAACGCGAAGCUUGCCGGAUUCGAAGAUGACCUCAACCUUAAAGGGAAUGAUUAUAAUGCCGUCUUGUCUAUCUUCUAUAUCUCGUACAUCAUUUUCGAGAUUCCAUGCAACAUUGCAUGCAAGUGGAUAGGACCAGGAUGGUUUCUUCCGGCCUCAACUUUGAUCUUUGGCAUUUGUUCUGUCGGCACGGCUUUUGUGCAUGAUAAACACAGCGCAUCGGGUGUUCGCUUCGUGCUCGGCAUCUUCGAGGCCGGUAUGUUGCCGGGCAUCGCGUACUACAUGUCGCGAUGGUAUCGAAGAAGCGAACUGGCAUUCCGUCUGGCGCUCUAUGUUGUGAUGGCACCCCUCGCAGGUGCCUUUGGAGGUCUUCUGGCGUCGGCAAUUCUGACAUUGGAUCAUUUCGGCGGUUUGCACGCGUGGCGGAUGAUUUUCGCGAUCGAGGGAAUUAUCACCAUUGGGCUCGGCGUGAUUGCAUUUUUCACUCUAACCGACCGCCCUGAGACCGCUCGCUGGCUCACGCAGGAAGAGAAGGAUCUGGCGAUUGCCCGGCUGAAGUCUGAGCGUGUGGCCACCACCGAGGUUCUCGAUAAGAUCGAUCGAGCCAAGAUGAUGCGUGGCAUUUUCAGUCCCGUCACCCUGGCCACGUCGAUGAUUUUCCUCCUCAACAAUAUCACCGUGCAGGGAUUGGCGUUUUUCGCGCCGACCAUUGUUCGGACCAUCUAUCCCGACAGCAGCGUCGUUGGUCAGCAGCUCCACACUGUGCCACCUUAUGUGGUAGGGGCCUUCUUUACCGUCUUUUUCCCUUUCCUCAGCUGGCGUUAUGAUAACCGGAUGAUCUUCUAUGUUAUCUCACCCCCCUUGGUCAUGGCCGGAUACAUCAUGUUCCUGACUAGCACCGAUCCGAUGGUUCGAUACGGAGCGACCUUUGUCAUCGCCAGUGGUGCAUUCGCCUUUGGGUCUCUGUGUAAUGCCCAUGUGUCGAACAACGUGAUCUCCGACACGGCGCGCUCGGCGGCGAUAGGAACAAACGUGAUGAUGGGAAACAUCGGAGGGCUUAUCUCGACCUGGUCUUUUCUGCCAUUCGACGCGCCGAACUAUCACAUCGGCAACGGGUUAAACCUGGCAACCUCGUCCACCAUCUUGAUCCUGGGCGCCUGUCUGUGGGCAUGGAUGAAGUGGGACAACAAGAAAAGGGAAAGGAUGGACGUCGACCAGGCUCUAGCCGGCAUGUCGCAGAAGCAGAUCCAAGACUUGGACUGGCGCAAUCCGGCAUUCCGAUGGCGGACUUAGGCCAGGUGUUAAUCCGAGUACUUUUGCGCCAAUGGCGGCUUCUUGCUGAUUUGUAUUUUUUUUAUUCAUAUUUUGGUUGAGUCCACGUCCACGUACUGUGGUCUUCUUGGAACUGUUGGGGGUUUUACUUCUUUUGGGCU